AUGACGGGGUCAUCUACAUCCUACACUGAUGUGCUCAUCAUCGGCGCCGGCCCGUCUGGUCUGAUGGCCGCCUACUGGAUGGCACGCUGCGGUGUGAAUGCUCGAAUCAUCGACAAGCGUGGCACCAAGGCAUUUACCGGGCAGGCGGAUGGACUGAGGCCCAGGACGCUUGAGCUGCUUGAUAGCAUAGGAGUUGUGCAUCGAGUCCUUCACGAAGCCUGUGAGGCAGCAGAAUUCACGUUCUGGGGCCCGGGUGAGGAUGGCCAACUAAAAAGACAAGGACAGCAUCCGAUUCACGAUGUGGACAUCUCGCCCUUUGGCAACUGUCUCCUGAACCAAGGGAGAAUUGAACGUUUCAUCUUGGAUGCCAUCAAAGACUGUUCUGACCUUGAAGUCGAGAGAGGCGUCAUUGCAGAAUCACUAGAGUGCGAUGAAACCCUCGAGAAUCGUAGCGAUGCGUAUCCUGUCACUGUUACGUUGAGAACCCUCGGCGAGGAAGAAGCGAAUCCUUCCUGCAGCGAUGGUGGUUCUGGAGGCGUACGAAAUGGACUACUCCGAAGUAACAUCACGCCUGAUGAUUGGGAUGAUCUAAUCAAGAAGAGCAAAGAGAGACCGGGAAAUGUCGAGACAGUGAAGGCCAAGUACCUCAUUGGCUGUGAUGGAGCGCACAGCUGGACCAGGAAACAGUUAAACAUACCUUUCGAAGGCUCCACAACUGAGCACAUAUGGGGUGUAGUCGAUAUGGUUCCCAUCACAAACUUCCCUGAUAUCCGCCGCGUUUGCACCGUGGCAACUGAACACGGCACUCUCUUGAUCAUCCCGAGGGAAAGGCAGCUUGUCCGGCUCUAUCUGCCUCUGCAGGCCGUUGACGGCACUUUGGCAUCCAUAGAUCGAGCCUCAAUUACUCUUGAGAUGAUUCGGCAAAAGGCCAAGGAAAUGCUGAGACCCUUCAACUUUGAUUUCAAGAUCUGCGACUGGUGGACAGUUUAUCAGGUCGGUCGGCGGCUCGCGUCAAAUUUCACGAAAGGGCGCAUUCAUCUCGCCGGAGACGCGAUUCACACCCAUUCUCCCAAGGCAGGUCUGGGCAUGAACAUGAGUAUGCAAGAUGGAUUCAAUAUCGGCUGGAAAGUGGCCCUCGUCGCGAAAGGGAUCGCUCGACCUUCUAUACUCGCUACUUACGAGCUAGAGCGUAAAAGAACUGCCGAAAUGCUGAUCGAUCUGGACCGCCGUCUGCAGCCGUUGUUUGUGAAGGAGCAAGAGGGUGACGCUGCAGAAAGCACAGCCCCUAGCAAUGGCAAGGAAACACUGAUGGACGUGAUCCAAUUAUCCAUCGCAUUUGCCAACGGAUACGUCUGUUACUAUGGGCCCAGCGCUUUAGUCCACAAGGGAGGCGAGGGUAUCGCUGCGAAUCUGAUCCCUGGAGAAAGAUUCCCACCAGCCAAGAUCCGUAAUCAGGCAGAUGGCCGGGCCUGGUGGACAACACGCCUUUUCACAAGCGACGGGCGCUUCCGGAUUGUGCUCCUCGCAGGAGAUAUGCGUCGCGAAGAUCAGAGGCAGCGCGUCUCAACUUUCAGCACCCAUCUAGCUUCGGCUGAGUCGGUUCUCCAGCGGUAUAAGCCCGAAGGCGAUAAACUCGACAGUCUCGUUGAAGUGAUCACUGUGCACAGUGCUCCGGUGCGAGAUAUGGACUUUUCAGACUUUCCAGAAAUGCUCAGACAGUUCGACCAGGAGAGAGGAUGGGCCUAUGAGAAAAUUUGGAGCGAUGACGAAUGUUUCUGGGACCGACAAUGUACGGGAAAAGGAUAUGAAUUUUGGGGUGUCGACAGGGUACGAGGCGCUCUCGUCAUCCUCAGACCCGACCAGCACAUUGGAUGGGUUGGAAACAUGGAGGAUGUCGAUGGAAUGACCGGCUAUUUCGAGCAAAUCUUUCAGUCUCCUCAGAAGUCCUUGAAGAUGGAGAGCAAUGCGUAA